GCACAGCUGAUUCUGAUGUACGCAGUAUAUGGCGCUUCGUGUUGUCGUCAGACCGUCAGACCCAAGCCGUAGGCGGAAAAAGUAGAUUAGAUAUUUCUUCGCCAGACAGAGAUAUUUUUUAAUCGCAAUUCCAGAUUAAUCAGCCGUUCAUUACACACUUACCAGCGCAGGGGCUGCUGUCGCGCGACGAAGAUGCCUAAUCUAACCAAUUUAUCCCACUUUCCUUUAAAGAUCAUAUUUGCAAUUCACCUGAUACUUGUAACAUGGGGUAUGCAGGGAGGUUGGUGUCCGAAAUCUGUAUUGUUGUACAAUUUGCUAUUCUUUGUUUGUAUCUUUUGGGCCGUUCAUAGCGUCGAGUCGGACGAACCGCUGCAGUUUGCGCUUUUCAUAAAUGUGCUCUCUAUAUUUCUCGACGUGAUCACGUUAGCAGUGUACUAUCCGUCGGAAUACAACAAUGCAUCGAAUAAGUUUAGCGCAGCCCUCAUGAUCAUAAAUCUGAUCGUUCGCCCGGUCUCGAGUAUAUAUCUGCUGCGAAUAGGCCAGGGGAGGGGCGGCAACCUGGCCACGGUAUUCGCGCCGAGUCCUGCCAUGGGUUACGGCAGACAAGACUACGAGGAGAUUUCUCAUCCCGUCCCGCAGAACUCCGAUUUCGAAGGGGUUUAAGGUUGCUCGAGAAAGCAGCUUUAAAUUCGCGCAAUACACACAUCUUUGUGACAUAACAAUAUUUUUAGAUCGUAACUUCGUAAGACUACUAAUGCUAUAUUAGCAUUAAUGAAUAACUGUUUAAAUUAUGUAGGUUGCCUUGCAUACUAUUUCGUAUCGCUAAGUCAAAAAUCAAAGAUCAUAUAUUUCUAUUUAUUGACGUUAAUUAUAUAUAUAUUUUUUGGUUGAAUUUUGUGUAAUAUGUUAAAAUACGUAUACAAUAUUUGUACAUUUUGUUUAGUGACGUAUAAUAGCAACAUGACAGAGGCAUAAGUUACUUUAAUUAACUGAUAAUAAUGUUUACGAAUCGUAUUACUUGUCUAGCGAAUUAAUAUCGAGUACAACGAUUUAAAUCUCGUGUAUCAUAAAUUUCUACUCAGGCCGUUGUCUGUACGUACCUAAUAUUUUAAUACGCUCAGAAUCUAUUCUGUACAACUGUUUCUACCAUUGACUGGUGAAUAAAAUAUUUUAAUGCAAACGCAA